CCCCUCCUCCUUCGCCCGCUGUCAUCUCACCGCCGAUCAAGCUGGCGGGUGGUUGCAUUCCCCGGUGACCUCGGCUCGCGAUAGACCUUGGCGUGUACGGCGCUGACUGACUGAGGCAUGGCGCUGUUCAAGUCCUUACACGUGAGACUGCGAGCAGAUCAGCUGAGUCCGCUGAGCCGGUUGCUGCACGCCGGCGCGCGUGCGAGCUGUGCGUCGGCCGCUCCGGAGGCCGAGUUCACCGCCGCCGUCACCGCCCAGGAGCCGCGCGCCAUCUUCCGGACCGCGCAGGCCGAUCCGGCACUGCACUCGGAGAGCCACGCGGGGCGGUUCUACACCAUCUCCCCGUCCGACAUCGCCACCGUCUUCCCGCACGGCCUGCCCCGCAGGUUCUACCAGCAGAUGCACACGUUUAACGAGGCGUCCUUGAUGGUGCGGCCUCCGGCGCUGGAACUCAUCGCACUGCUCAAGGGCAGCGACCUCUCCCUGCCGGUCGUGCGCUACGUCAUCUACGGGAAGAAGGGGACGGGCAAGUCGAUGACUCUGUGCCACGCCGUGCACUACUGCGCGUCCCAGGGGUGGAUGGUGCUGCACGUCCCCGACGCUCACCAGUGGCUGAAGGACGUGCGUCAGCUCAUGCCGUCGGCGUACCGGCCUGGCCGCGUGGACACGCCGAUGCAGGCCGUGUCGUGGCUCGGCCACUUCCGCACCACCAACGAGCGGCUCCUCAAGCAGAUGACGACGCGGAACAGCUACACGUGGAGCAAGCGGGAGAGCACGGAGCAGGGAAAGCCGCUGCUGGAGAUGAUCGAGCUGGGCCUGCUGCGGCCCAAGGUGGCGAGCGACGUCGUGGGGGCCCUCUUCAAGGAGCUCAAGCAGCAGAGCGCCACCAUGGCGCAGCCGCUGCUGGUGGCCGUGGACAGCGUCAACGCGCUCUGGGGACGCACGUCGCUGCGCAACGAGGACCGCAGCGUCGUGAACGUUGAAGACAUCACUCUGCUGCGAAACCUGAAGAAAUUCGUCCUCAACGACUGGAGCAACGGCGCGAUGGUGUCCACCGUGACGCAGACCGGCUCCCUCUACACCAACCGCCUCUCGUACUUCCCGCAGGAGCUGCUCGGCAAGGACGGCUUCGACCUCCUGGACCCCUUCGUGCCGGUGCAGGUGAACGACUACAGCGAGCUGGAGUUCGAGAGCUGCUACCAGUACUACCUGGAGAGGAAGUGGCUGCAGCACGAGAAGAGUCGGACAGAAGAAGGCAGACAGGAGCUCAUCUUCCUCAGCAACAAAAACCCGAGCCUCUUCGAGAGACUCAGCGCCUUCCUGUAGCGCAUACACGCACACACACACACACGAGUCCUCGCGCACACCCAUACUUAGCACAACAUGCUCAGUCAUGUUCACACCCACGUACAGGCAGGCACAGUCGCAUAAGUCAAACGAUCCUCUGUAUAGCCCUUAAGGUUGCUGGGCCAUGCGCUGUUGGCGAGUAGCACCUCCGGAAGGCCAGCAUGGCACGUGGGUAGUAUGAACAGCAACACGUCCCAGCCGCCUUUGUCUCCCCGAGUGGCGAUGUUUAUGCAUCACACCGGGUACUCCAUUGAAGGCUGGAUUGACCUAGGGGAUCCCCAUGACCAGGGGGCCACGGUGGCGAGAUGUUAACUACCUUGCAUGGUAUGCAGGAGGUCGUGGGUUCGAUCGACGCUUGAUGCCUGCUGAUGUAUAUUUGGAGGUUGACUGUCUCUCUCUCUCUCUGUGGUCACGGGGAUUUUUAUCCAGGUCCUACGGUUUUUCCCUCCACAUUCAGAAUCGACAUCGCUCGUUUAGAGUAUCUGGCUGCCAUACAUUUCCACGCGAUAAGCCACUUCGUUGAGCCAUAAUUUGUGAUAGCUAGGUCGCCUCUGAAAAAGGGCUACACCGCUCAGUGGGCCUCACCCGGUAAAAUUUAAAUUAAAAAUUAAUAUUUUUUAUUUAACCAGGUAAAUUGGCGCUGGCCGAGUGAGAAUCCAUUACGAGUUGCUGGGUUCGUAGCACAGCGUGCUAACCACUGCACCUCCACGCCCCAGUGUCACACACACACACAGAUAGUAUUGUCGCCGGCUAAAAAAGACGGCGCACGGCCCCGGGAGCCCUUGUGGUUCCGCGUCCCGCACCGUGUACGACGCACCUCGUCGGAUAUCCUCGUCACACGCUGUUCUGUGCUUCGCGUUUUACGUGUUUAUUUUGGAAGUAAAGGUCCGCUCUGUGUA